AUGAGGGCCAAAGAUAGUGUUCUACUCGCUCUCUUGGGUAUAUUCUGUAUCGUUACAGAUGCCUUAUCUGCUUUCGAUAAUGACACUCGGGUUGAUAAACGACAAUCAACAGAUCGGCUGGUGUUUGCCCAUUUCAUGAUCGGAAUCACCAGUGAUAGGCACAGUGCUUACGACUACGACGAUGAUAUGAAGCGUGCCAAAUCCCUUGGAAUUGAUGCGUUUGCGCUCAAUAUCGGAGUUGACCCAUAUACUGAUCAACAACUUCGACUGGCCUACGAUUCCGCUGCGAAUAAUGACAUGAAGGUCUUCAUAUCGUUUGAUUUCAACUGGUGGAAUAUCGGACAAGCCACUGCAAUCGGCCAGAAAAUUGCCCAAUAUGGCAGUUUACCCGCGCAACUCAUCGUCGACAACAAGAUCUUUGUCUCGUCCUUCGCGGGCGACGGACUGAAUGUAGCAGCACUCCGAGCGGCAGUCGGCCGAUCGAUUUUCUUCGCACCAAACUUCCAUCCCUCGUACGGAACUGACAUUUCUUCCGUUAAUGGCCUCUUGAACUGGAUGGCAUGGCCAAAUGACGGAAACAACAAAGCUCCCAAGGCUGAGAAGAGUGUUUCUGUUGAAGAUGGGGACCGAUUAUAUGUUAAUGCGCUUGCUGGAAAAGACUAUAUUGCCCGUUCGUAUAUCAAUGUCCUCGUCAACCUUAUGAACAUCAUUGCUGAUGAUGAUACAGCCGUCUCGCCGUGGUUCUUUACUCACUUUGGACCCGAGGUUUCCUAUAGCAAGAAUUGGAAUUUCCCAUCCGAUCUCUUGUGGUUCAAUCGAUGGAAUGAGAUUCUUGCACUAAAACCACGAUUCAUUGAAAUUGUGACAUGGAAUGACUAUGGUGAAUGUCAUUAUAUCGGACCUUUGAAGUCCCCACAUACCGAUGACGGCGCAUCUAAAUGGGUCAACGAUAUGCCGCACGAUGGUUGGUUGGAUAUCUCAAAACCAUUUAUUGCCGCAUUCAAAGCGGGCGAGUCUUCUCCCGACAGUCACAUCUCUUCAGAUGAGCUGGUUUACUGGUAUCGACCGGCACCUCGGGGUGUUGAUUGUGACCCAACAGAUACUUGCAUGGUCCCAGCGAACAAUGGUAGUGGUAACUAUUUCAUAGGACGGCCCGAUGGGUGGCAAUCCAUGCAGGACUCCGUCUUCGUGGUCUCAUUGCUCACAGCUCCAGCCACGGUCCAGGUCAAUAGCGGUGGAAGCGUCUAUAACUACGAUGCACCAGCUGGUGCAAGUGCCAAAGCAAUUCCAAUGGGACUUGGCUCACAAAGCUUCGCGGUAUUUCGCGACGGCCAGACGAUUCUUUCUGGGACAAGUCUGAAACAGAUCAUCAAUGGUUGUGUCUGUGGUCUGUACAAUUUCAACGCCUAUGGUAAGCGCAGUGAUACCUGUCAUGAUUCAACUACUAAUACAAAGCGCAUAGUGGGAACCCUUCCCCCCGGCCUUAGUGAUCCUCUCCAGCCUGAUGGACUUGCUGCAUUUGAGCAGGGCUUGCGUGUUCAUACUUGCCAGCCUACUCCUUCUCUAGGUACCGUUCCUCCCGGUCCUCCCACUUCCACCACGAGCAGCAGCAUGCCGACUACCUCGCCCCCGCCUCCACCCACUGUGCCUCCCACUGUUCCGACUUCCUCUCCGCCUACUAGUUCGCCCACUCCUCCUGGGGGAGGAGGUGGAGGAGGCGGAGGAAGUGUUUGUGUCUCCGGAUCGGGCACCAAAAACUACAUCGGUCUGUGUGCCUUCUGCUGCAACUAUGGGUAUUGCCCGCCAGGGCCAUGCGUUUGCAAUGCCUGGGGAGAUCCAGUCCCUACUCCGCCGACUACCAGAGCGACUGGAGUUCCACUUGUUGGUGAAGAUGAUUCUUAUUUGGGUCUUUGUAGUUUCGCCUGCAAUCAUGGAUAUUGUCCACCUACUGCUUGUAGGGAGUUGUGA